AUGAUCGAGUGCCUAACAGUGAAGUGGAGCCGGCUGGUUUCAGUGCAAAUCCAUUGUGGGAAGAGAGCGCCCUUUCCACGACAGACGUUGAACUGCUGUCGGUGUCCCUACAACCCUUUUUACCUGACUGUUGUUUACAUACAUUCUAAAGCAAACACUGCCAAUGCUUCGGAUAUAACUUUUUAUAUAUCUAAAAAACAGGACUUUAUCUCUCCUGAAGCUCCCAAACUAAUAAUCAGGGACUUUAACAGUUGCUAAAACAGUACGUUAAAAAAAUAAUCGCUAGACCUUUGCUAUGGAAACUAUACCGAAUGCAUGCUCUGCCACUACCAAACUGCCGCUAGGAGGCUCGCACCAUAACGUCGUAUAUCUACGACCAACCUACCAACCUUGAAAGAGAGACCUGUUAAAACUGUGCAGGGUUGGAACGAGGACAGCGUCACCCGUUUACAAGGUUGUUUUGACUGUACAAUGUGGGACAUUUUUUACCUCUGCUGUUAUAAAUGAACUGACAGAUGUUUCAAGUUAGAUCAACUUUUGUGUGUAUUUAGUAGUGCCCACCAAGACCAACAAAAUAAUCCCUAAUAGUAAACCAUGGGUAUCUAAGAAACUGAAAGUGGUGCUGAAUAAGAAAGUUAGUACAUGCAGAGGGUAAGAUAUACAGAGAGAGAUUAAAAGACAGAUCCAGAUAGAUAAAGAUGGGUACAAACUCAUUGCUGAAAAGACUCUCUAGAGCUUCCUGGCAGGGAAUUAAAACCAUGGCCCCCACAAGGGCAAAGUGCCCCCCACAAGGGCAAAGGGAAAUCCAGUGCUGCCCUGGAGGAUGGAGAGGGACUUAACAUGGCAAAUGACUUGAAUGUGUUCUUUUCAAAGCUUGAGUUAGAUUACCCUCUGUCUGGGGUGCGCCAG